CAUUCAAUGUUAAUCUCACGUAAGCUGCUAAUUUCAUGAAGGAAUAUCACUUAACAUGAAACACCAUCAGAUAAAACAGUAAAGCUCGAUAAAUAUAAUCCAAAAACUAACCUAUUUUUAUUAAAUUCAAUACCAUCAUAAUAUCAGUAGGGGUUUCAGUCAGAUUUUAAAUAUUUUGUAAAGGCAAAAAAAUGAAGUAUAUCACGUUAUAGGGUAUAUCCAUCUUCAUCUUUCAGAAUGCAUGCCACAAUUUGUGCGUAGGAUAUUGAAAUUUUGGUAUGUAACACGUGUAGUGAAAGACAAGUAAGGCAACAUUUUCAUAUUUUUUCUGCGCAUGAUAUUUUUUGACUUAUUUGAUUGGUUUGCUGCAAUUUUCUCUAAAACUGUAUGAUUUCAGGACUGACAUCACAUUGCUAAUUAUAAAGCCAGAUGAUCAAAAACUUGAGUACAACAAAAAAAGUAAUUAGUAUCUCCAAGUAAGCACACAUAAGUGCAUUCGUUAUGUUUCCAUAAAAGACCGAAAAAUCCCGUCAAAACUGACAUCUCAACCAGUACCAUAGCUGUUGGAACUUGAACAACGGCUCAUGUCUGUUCAUUUUCAACUAUGAACUGAGAUCACUUUUGUGGCACACAAAUUACAAAGGAAAUCGAUUCUGAAUUUUGUAAAUGUAUUCGUUCAGAUUUAGGAGGGAAACUUAGAGUACUGGUGGUGUGACAUGUUUAGUUUAGUCAGUUGGAGGGAGACAUGAGACUCUGUGUAGUCUGAUCUAGUUUUACCUCUCGGUUGACACCUGCUCCGCCAUGUUGUUUGGGAGUAGCGAUGGAGAACAAAGACAGACAUUUCAUUGGCUGCUUCAGUGAGGUCACACAGGGUCAUUCAGAGAAAACACGUGGGUAAUAUGGCGGACGAAGCAAACAUGGAAGAUAGCUCGGAAGAUGAAUAUAUGGAUGGUGUAGAAUCAGAUAGUGACACGGGCAGUGAAGAGGAGCAGAAAAUACCGAAGAAGGAUGUUUACUUGCCGGGCAAGCCGAUAGAAGAAGGCGAGGAGCUCGUGUGUGAUGAGUCAGCUUACGUUAUGUUUCAUCAAGCGCAAACAGGUGCACCAUGUUUGAGUUUUGAUGUUCUGAUGGAUGGACUUGGGGACAAGCGAGAGUCAUAUCCACUGACAUGUUUUGUGGUGGCUGGGACGCAGGCAGAAAGUAGCCUGUUGAAUCACAUUAUUGUGAUGAAGAUGAGCAACCUGAACAAAACUAAAGCAGGUGGCGAUGAGGAUGAGGAGGGUGAGGAAUCUGAUGAGGACGAAGAUGAAAAGCCAGAGCUGGAAACUGCCAUGAUCAAGCACACAGGCAGUGUCAAUAGGAUCAGGGCCAGUGCCUAUGGGGAUGUCCAUUUAGCUGCAUCAUGGUCAGAGAAUGGGAAGGUGUAUUUGUGGGAUUUAAAACGGCCACUGAAUGCAGUGAAUGACUCCACAGUGAUGGCAGUUUACACAAGAAAUGAAGAGUCGCCUGCCCCUAUUUUCACCUUCCCAGGCCACCAGGUGGAGGGGUUUGCCAUUGACUGGUCAAAGACAACUCCGGGUCGUCUGGCUACAGGAGAUUGUAAGAAGAACAUACACCUGUGGUCACCUGAGGAAGGUGGGUGCUGGAAGGUGGAUCAGCGGCCUUACACAGGGCACAGCGCCUCAGUGGAGGACAUACAGUGGUCGCCUGUGGAGGAUAACGUGUUUGCCUCGUGCUCUGUGGACCGCAGUAUCCGCGUAUGGGAUGCUCGAGCCACUCCGGAUAAGGCCUGUAUGCUGACUGCUGCUGACAGCCAUGCUAGUGACGUAAAUGUCAUCAGCUGGAAUGCUCAUGAGCCUUUCAUUGUCUCAGGCGGGGACGAUGGUGUCAUCAAAAUAUGGGACCUUCGCAAAUUUCAGGAAGAGACAGCAGUGGCAGUCUUCAAACAUCACACAGCCCCAAUUACAUCAGUGGAGUGGAACCCUGCAGACAGCUCUGUGUUUGCCUCAUCGGGAGCGGACGACCAGUUGUCUCUGUGGGACCUGGCCUUAGAGCGGGACAGUGACAUUCCCAAGGAGGGUGCUGGGGAGCCUGAUGUCCCCCCACAGCUGCUUUUCAUACAUCAGGGACAGACAGACAUUAAGGAACUACACUGGCACCCGCAACUGCCAGGUGUGGUUAUCUCUACAGCUCACAGUGGCUUCAACGUCUUCAGGACAAUCAGUGUGUGAUGUCACAGCUGUCAGGUGUGGUCAUCUCUGCGGCUCACUGUGGCUUCAACACCUUCAGGACAAUCAGUGUGUGAUGUCACAGCUGUCAGGUGUGGUCAUCUCUACGGCUCACUGUGGCUUCAGCAUCUUCAGGAUGAUCUGUGUGUGACUUCACAACGGCCAGGUGUGGUCAUCUCUACAGCUCACACUGGCGACAACAUCUUCAGGUCAGUCAGUGUGUGACAGCUGCAAAGUGUGGUCAUCUCUGGGUGGGGUCAUCAAUAGAUCAGUGUGUGCUUGUCACAUCCGCCAGGUGUGGUCAUCAGUAGAGGAUGAUCAGUGUGUGACAUCACAACUGCCAGGUGUGGUCAUCAGCAGAAGGUGAUCAGUGUGUGACGUCACAACUGCCAGGUGUGGUCAUCAGCAGAAGGUGAUCAGUGUGUGACAUCACAACUGCCAGGUGUGGUCAUCGGUAGAGGAUGAUCAGUGUGUGACAUCACAAAUGCCAGGUGUGGUCAUCAGUACAUCUGACAGCAGCCGCGUUAGAUCAUUGUUGCUUCAUGGUUUUGCAUGUACAUGUACAUCUAAUGGCAGGGGUUCGAGGCCACAGUGAUAAAGUGGAUGAAAUGUUUAAACUGCCAGCCCUGAAGGACUACUGGGUCACAUGUUGCUUGACUCUGAAAGCAGUUUAUAAUCAUUCAUCUGACAUUGUUCUAAGUCUAAUAAUGUGUAGUCGUUCACUACAUUCUGUAUUUUAGGUGACAUUUAGUCACAUUCUACUUCCUUUUAGCUUCAUUAUACAUCAGCCUUCAAAUGAUGGCUUUGAAGGAUGUUCCGUCGGUUAAUGCCCAGAGUUACAUGUUUGUGGUGUAAAUGUACUACUGGUAAUUGCUAAGAUGGCUGUUGUCUCUUUCCUCUUUUACUUCAGAUUUGUUGAAUUCUUGAUCAGUAAUUCUUGAUACAAACUACAUUGUGUAUGUAAAUGUACAUAUUAAAGGUAAUUUAUAUGGAAAAGCUGACUAAUUCUUCAGUACUUCAAUUUGUAACAUAUUGUGCCUGUUGUAUGUACAUUCGUGGAUUUCCCCUGGGCUCUGCCUGAUUUUUUCUCACCAUAAUGCUGAAUGCCGUCGUAUAAGUGAACAACUCUAAAGUAUGGCGUAAAACACCAAUCAAAUAAAUAAA